AAAAUGCGUCAGCUGCGCGGACUGCGCUCUACACAGAUCAUAGAAAGCAGAAGGAAUUCAUCAGAAGCAAGCACGUGGUUAACGUCGUGUUGGUAUUGUUUCUAAAAAAGUGUACAAAAUUGGAUGUAUUUGGAAGAAAAAAAAUCAAAAUGAGUGCGAACACUUCUGAAUACGAUGGCAGUCGAUUGAGAAGUCUAAAAAUUGGCCUCAUCGACUUCAUUGCCGGUUCACUAGGUGGAAUAGCUUUAGUUUAUGUUGGCCAGCCUUUAGAUACAAUAAAAGUAAAAAUGCAAACAUUUCCGCAAUUAUACAAGGGAAUGACAGAUUGUUUUAUGAAAACAUUGAAAUCUGAUGGAAUUGCUCGAGGACUCUAUGCGGGAACUUUGCCAGCAGUUGUAGCGAAUGUUGCCGAAAACUCUGUUUUAUUCGCUGCUUAUGGUGGUUGCCAAAAAGUUAUAGCCACUGCCACAGGAGUCGAAAGAGUGGAAGAAAUGAAUUCACUGGGAAAUGCGUGUGCUGGUUUCUUUGCAGCAUUUUUUUCGUCUCUAACUCUGUGUCCCACGGAAUUAAUAAAAUGUCGAUUGCAAGCGAUGAGAGAAGUAGAGGUUCAAAGAGCAGCACCAGGCUCUACAAUAAAUAUGGUCGGUCCCUGGGAAUUAACAAGGCAGAUUCUUCGGGAAGGUGGAGCCACUGGUUUAUUCCGCGGUCUCACUUCGACGAUAGCUAGAGAAAUGCCUGGGUACUUUUUCUUCUUUGGUGGCUACGAAGCUACGAGGGAACUUCUCGCAAAACCAGGACAAAGCAGGGACGAGAUCGGAUGGCAGAAAACGAUGGUAGCUGGUGCCGUUGGAGGAACCAUUCUUUGGCUUGUGAUAUUCCCUGCCGACGUAGUUAAGAGCAGAAUACAAGUACAAAAUUUGAAGACGCCAGCUCUCGUAAUUACGAAAGACAUCAUCAAAAAUGAAGGAGUUUCAGCCUUGUACAAUGGUUUGAAACCUACGCUUAUCAGGACGGUACCAGCAACUGCAACUUUAUUCGUAACUUACGAGUACAGUAAGAAGAUGAUGCAGAAUCUUUUAGACGUGUGAUGUAGGCACAAUUGUUGAAAAACUAGGAAUUUAUGUGUAUUAUCAAUGAUCAAAUUUAGUUAAUUCCUCCGAUUGUACAUAUUUUAAAUCGCAGUUAUCCGGUUUUUAGGGACACGGGCGAAACUGCCAAUAUGUAGUUUUUUAUUUUUAUAAUCCUGAAUUCAAAUCCAAGAUCAAAUAGUUUUUUACUUGUCAGCACUUUGAAACUAUUUUUCUAUACUUCAGUAAUACAAAAGUAACAUAGAAAGGUUAAAUUUAGGACUUUUAAGUAGUAAAAAGAGAAGCAGCUUUAAGUAAUUGUAAUACAAAAAACUAGAAAUCAACUAAAAUUUAGGUUGGCUAAUCUAAUCUAUAGUAUUAUUGCGAUUCUUGUAGUAAUGUAACAACAAUACGUGCUUGUAAAAAAAAUAAUACGUAUUUAAGAUAAGAUAAAUAUAUUGCUCAAAAC